UCCCUAUAUAUAUUGUCAUAUAUAGAGAAAAACAUUUCAUAUAAUUUUUUCAUUUGUUUAUCACAAAUCUUUCAAUGUUUGAAUACUGACAUUGAUUUUAGACAUUAAUCAAUGUUGUUUAUUAUGCAGUGUUUAACAUUAACUACAAAGUAUUUAAACUUUAUAACAAAUUAUAAUUUUGUUGAAUAUAAAAUCCAUACCCAACUUCAGUCCACACAAAUCACAAUUGUUGUAGCCUUUCCAAAUUUAUUUGUCAGUGUAAGUCGAAGAACAAAUGGCUCAAUCACUGCCAGCAACUAUAGUCCUUGGCCUUCUUAUAUUCACUUCAGUAAUGUCGGAGGUGAAAUCAUGCGAGCUAACUAGGAUUGGAGGUGGUUGUCCAGAUAUAUCAAAAUGCAUGAAAACUUGUCUUCCAUGUUAUGUUGGCAUAGGUGAAAUCCACUACUAUUGUCGUCAUCCUGGUGGUCCAAUAUUAUACGAAACAUGUGUUUGCGUAAUGGUGAAAGGUGCUCCUUGUCAAGUGCGCGGGUGCCCUGGGAACACACCUCCUGCCGCCGUUGCUUCCAACUACAAUCAAACUCAAUUCAUGAAAUAUUUGAAUGUUACAGCUUAAAUAUGAAUGUACAACUUCUUGUAUUUAUAAAAAAAAAAAAAAAA